AAGAAUAAUAAAAUGGGAAAUACUGAGAGUAAUGUGGUGAGUGGUGUUAAGAAACAAGCAGGAGCUGCCUUGCAGCCAAUUUAUAAACUAUGCGAUUUGAAAGGUGGUGGCCUUUUAGUGGAACUUAUGAAAAGAGCAACCCAAAAUAAGCAAUAUGCCGAAAUAGAUCAUGCUAUUAAAACUAAGGUGGAGCAUUUUUUAUAUAAUAAAGGAGCUGGUCGUUAUAUUCCUAUAUCACAAUUAGUACUAUUGAGGAAUAAGGAACGACCAAGGCACAAAUGGCUUCCACAAUUACGCGCAAUGGAAAAUCCUGAAGAUUUCGAAGUAGACGAUGAAGGUCCCGAAGUUUCCCAAGAAGAAUAUCAAAAAAACCCACAUUUAUAUAGACACAUUUGUUGGAAGAUAAAAGAUAGAGGGGCCGUAGGAGAAACACUCAUGCAUCUGUGUCUAUUAAAUGCGACUUCUCUUCAUGCUGAUCUGGCCAAAAGACUGUUACGCUUUUAUCCUAAUCUAAUAAAUGACAUUUACAUGUCUGACGAAUAUUAUGGAGAAAGUGUAUUACACAUUGCUAUUGUAAAUGAAGAUCCAUCUAUGGUUAGAUUUCUUCUGGAUACUAAUGUAAAUAUUCACGAGCGAUGUUUUGGAAACUUUAUGUGUCCAGAAGAUCAAAAGUUUUCCAGAUCAGAUUCUCUUGACCACGAAUGGGUUAACGUUUGCCAAGAAACUAAUUAUGAAGGGUAUGUGUAUUGGGGAGAAUACCCACUAACUUUUGCUGCUUGUUUGGGACAAGAAGAAAGCUUUAGGCUAAUUCUUGCUCGUGGAGCUGAUCCAGAUGCACAGGAUUCUAACGGAAAUACGGUUUUACAUCUUUUAGUUAUCAAACAGAAAUCGGAACAUUUUGAUAUGUCGUACGAAGUUGGAGCCAGUCUUUCUAUCAGGAAUAACCAAGAUUUAACUCCUUUGACUCUAGCAGCUAAACUUGCAAGAACCGAUAUGUUUUUCCACAUUUUAAACUUGGAAAGAGAAAUAUAUUGGCAGAUAGGAAGUAUAACAUGCGCAGCUUAUCCUUUAUCGCAGAUUGAUACCAUUGAUAUGGAAACGGGACAUAUUUGCAAAAUAUCAGCUUUAAAUUUGGUAGUUUUUGGAGAUAAAGAUGAACAUUUGGAAUUGUUGGAUGGUCUACUAAUCGAUUUAUUAAACGCAAAAUGGAAUACUUUUGUCAAAUUUAAAUUUUAUAGACAAUUUUUUACGUUCGCGUUUUACUUCAUUAUAUCACUUUUUGCUUUUACUUUACGACCUGGACCACCGGAGCCAUCAAUAUCGACGAAUAAUGCUACUAACGCCACUGUGCAAAAUACUUUGAAUAGUACUGGAAAUGGUUCGAUUAUUCUUAACAAUACAGUCAAUCUCGUCUUGCAAUUAAAUGAUACUGUGAAGAAAAAUAAGACAAAGAAUUUAAGUAAUGAUGAUGAUGACGAUGAUUAUGACGUGGAAGAAUGGUGGGACAAUCUAAGAGAAGAGUGUAGGCUGAUGCAGUUGGAUUCCUUACAAGCUAAAAUCAGAAUUAGUGCUGAAAUAGCGAUAACUAUUGGAGCUUUUUUAUAUUUAGUCGCCGCAGUACGUGAAGCUCGAUUUUUAGGUCUACGAAUGUUUUUCGAAAAUCUGAAAACUUCACCGUCACGUGUAAUGUUCCUAUUUUCUUGCAUACUAAUGCUGUUUAUACCUAUUCUUAGAAGUUUUUGUAUGGAUGAACUUGAAGACACGAUAGCAGUGAUGGUAAUGUUAACGACAGCUCCGUACUUUUUGUUUUUCUGCAGAGGUUUCAAGACAGUUGGUCCUUUUGUAGUCAUGAUAUACAGAAUGGUAAUGGGCGAUUUGAUAAGAUUUGCAAGCAUUUAUUUGGUAUUUGUGAUGGGAUUUUCUCAAGCUUAUUACAUAAUUUUUCUCACGUUUGAUAAUCCUUUAACACCUGAAGAUGUUGAUGAUUCCGCUACGAAUCCAAUAUCAACUCCCAUAGAGUCAAUUAUGGCCAUGUUCUUGAUGUCUUUAACAAAUUUUGGUGACUAUUAUGAUGCUUUCGCUAGAACAGAACAUGAAUAUGAAGCAAAGAUACUUUUUGUGAUAUUCAUGGCAAUUGUGGCAAUUCUUCUAAUCAAUAUGUUGAUAGCCAUGAUGGGUAAUACUUACCAGAAGAUUGCCGAAACAAGAAAUGAAUGGCAAAGACAGUGGGCAAGGAUAGUACUUGUUGUGGAAAGAGGGGUCAGUCCUCCGGAACGUCAUAGACAGUUGAUGGUUUAUUCACAACCUAUGUCCGAUGGCACUCGAGCUCUUGUAUUGCGACUGAAUCAAUCGGAUGAAGAUAAAGAGGAAAUGAAGGAAAUUUUGGAAAUAAAAAGAAGACAUGAACGAUAUGUAAAAAAAAGGAAAGAAGCAAAACAAGUCCCAAAUAAAUUAGUUCACAAAUAACUUUUAUUCUAGAAAUACAUUCAUAUGGAAGUAAUUUGGUAUUUACAAAAUUAAUAGAGAGAUUAAUAAAGCUAAAAAUUUAACAACUUUAUCUAUUCUACUAAAAUUAUCAUAUUCUUGUUCAUAUUAUAAGACAUAAUUCUUGAUUACAGACUCGGUUUUUUACAAAUGCAAGCUUUAGAAAUUAUACUGUAAAAAAUUUUUUGACUGAUGAAGUUAAGAGUUUAUUAUCUUAUAAAAACUAAAUUCUUGUGUAUUUAACAAUACAUGGUAGUAAUUAGAUAAAUGUUACGGAACUUUAAGCAACAAAUUAGAAAUAACAAAAAUGUAAAGUCCUUAAUUAUAAGCUUGAGUUAGAUUUCAUAAAUUUCCUCAUACAAAAAAUCAUUAUUAACAAAAUAUUCUUUAUUACACCCACAAGGUACACCAUUUUGAUGUUUUAUAAACUAAGUCUUACUUUUAACGCGACGUUUUUCAUCGGGUUUAUUUUUUUUCCUUGGAGUUAGUGCGCUGUCAACCUAAAAAGAAAAAAAAAUAAUUCUGAACUCUAUAGAUCAUAAUGUAUCCAUAUAGGAAUAGAUGGCACUAAUAGUAAAAAUUCAUAUGAUUUUCAGUUAGCCCCAGCCUUUAAAAGUCACGUGUACAAAUUAAAUACCUAUUAGUUUGUGAGUUAUAGAAUUUUGAGUGAAGCAUUGCUUUUUUGGCAAAAAAAAACUAUUGAAGCGAAGGCGAACAUUAUUUGGAUUUGCCGCAGGAAAAUCAACUGUUGAGAAGUGGAUUGCUAAGUGUAAACAAAGCGAAAUGAGCCUCGAGGACGAUAAACGCAGUGGAUGCCCCAAAGAUGCUGCCACUGACGAAAACAAAAAAAUCCACAAAAUAUUAUCGGAUGGCCGUAAAGUGAAGUUAAUUGAGACAGUUGAAACCGUAACCGUGUUGAAAAUAUUGUGAAUGAAUAUUUGGGUAUGCGAAAUCUAUCUUUAAAAUGGAUGCUUAGAUUCGACCAAAAACAAGAACAAAUUGAUGAUUUUGAGCAGUGUUUGGUCGUAAUAAACCCGGAUUUUUUCGUCGAUAUGUAAAAAUAGCUGAAACAGCUACCGGAGUGCAAUCUACAGUGAACUUACUGCUCGUGAUGAACUUACUCCGUAGAAAAACACAAAAUUCGAUUGUUAAGGAUAUGGUAUAAGUAUUUGGGAUGCGUAUGGUAUAAUAUUAAUAGACUACUAAAAAGGGAGAAAUCAUAAACAGCCACUAUUACAUAGCGUUAUUGGAUUGUUUGCAGGACAAAAGUACUUUUUUAUGCUUCUAUUAGAAAUAUAGAUGUGGAUUACAUUGGACAGAAACCUGUAAUAAGGUAUAAAAAGUAAGCCUAACUUUAAUGCUGAGUAUGGUAUAUUCUUAUACUAAUGUUUACCCUACUGGCGGUAGGAAGUAUUUACAACUAUUAGACUUUAUUAGCUUCAACUCGGAAUUUUUCUGAUCAAAACAUUCUCCUUUGGAUAUCUUUCCCCUGUUCGUUUAUGGACCACUAUAUAUUUUAGAAUCUUACAAUUUUGUGUAAUCUUUUGCCGAUUGUAUGAAUUCUCUAAAAUAAACUUCAUUUUUAUAUUUCAA